AUGAAGCUCAACUUCAAAGACAAUCGAUGGGCCAUCUUUUGCUGUGCCAUCUCGGCCAUCGGAUCCCUCUGCUAUGGCUAUGACCAGACCUACUACACCGGUAUCCAGGGCAUGAGCACCUUCAAAAAAGCCUACGGCCACUAUGAUGCCUCAUCCGAUGCCUACGCUCUCACCACCUCCUUCACUUCCCUUACUACAUCCAUCAUCUACGUGGGCGAGCUUCUCGGCGCCCUAAUCGCUGCCCCUAUCAACGACCGUUGGGGCCGCAAGGCUGUCUUCUUCGUGGCAUCUCUCUGUAUCAUUGGCGGCGGUAUUGCCCAAGUAGCAGACAAUGGCAUCGAAGGCGUCAUUGUUCUUGGCCGUAUCUUGGUCGGCAUGGGAAUCGGAAACUUCACUGUUACCUGUUUACUCUACAUUGGCGAAAUUGCGCCACGUCAAGUGCGCGGUCCGGCGCUCAUGAUGUUCCAGUUCUUGCAAUCUUGCUCUCAGCUCGUUGCUUCUGGGAUAACGCAGGGUACCGAUAGUAUCAAGACCUCUAGUGCUUCGUACCGAAUCCCUAUGGGUCUGCUUGUCCUCCUGCCUCUCUUGAUGCUGGUUGGUCUGCUUGUCAUUCCUGAGAGUCCAACCUGGUACAUGAACAAAGGCCGCGUUGCCGAUGCCGAAAAGGCCCUUCGACAGAUCAACCGCAGCAACAAGACUUACGACCCCUCGAACGAUAUUGCUGCUUUGGAAGAAGCCGUUCAACAACAGCGAGAACACGAGACGCAUGCUGAUGGUUCGUCCUGGAAGUCAUUGCUCACUGAUCCCGUUGAACGCCGCAAACUGUUUUACUCCUGUGGCUCCAUGUGUGCUCAGCAGAUCAACGGCAUUGUCUUUUUCUACUCCUACGGUGUCAUUUUUGCCCAGUCCCUCGGUCUCGCUCAAGCAUUCACCGUUUCACUCAUCACCAACAUCCUCCAAGUCGUCGCUGUCGGCGUCUCAGUCAUCCUCGGCAACAAGGUACCCCGUCGCAAAAACCUGUUGAUUACCACCAGCAUGAUGUUCUUCGCCUACAUCAUCAUCGGCAGCAUCGCAACCCACAAAAUUACCACAGGCCCCGCCAUCGCCAUCGUGGUUAUUAGUUACAUCGUCAUCGUCGCUUUCAACUUCGGCCUGGGUCCGUUGGCAUAUACCUGGGCCAGCGAGUCUGCCGUAGGACCAAAUAGGAACAAGAUCAUGUCCUGCUCUAUCGUCGUCUUCUUCCUUGCCACAUGGAUAAUUUCCUUCACUGCGCCUUAUCUCUACUACGAUGCCAAUUUGGGCGCUAUGCUAGGUUUUGUCUAUGCUGGUACGACGAUCAUUUCGUUAGUAUACAUCUACUUUUGUGUCGGAGAGACUACCGGCCGCUCGGUUCUUGAGGUUGAGAUGCUUUUCCAGGAGAGGGUUCCAGUUCGCCAGUGGAAGGAUCAUGUAUUUUCCUUUCAGGAACAGGGGCUUGCGCAGCAUGAGAAGGUGAAGAGUGAUGAGAGGGAGGACAAAGAGCAUGUUGAAGAAUCUACCUAG